CAUGGGAUCCCGCAUUGUGGAGUCCUGGUGUUAUUUACUUCCCUCCCGUGACACUCUUCAGCACUCCGUACAGGGCAGGCCCUGGGUGAUCCUAGCUAGCUCGCGUCUCUUUCCUAAGAUAAGUAGUACAAUAUUAAAAGUGGUGUAAAUAUCUGUAAUGCCACGCGAUGCAACCAGAGGUGUCUUCUGAGUUUGUCACUCGCUCUUUAUCGGCACAGAUAAAAUCUUCACAGUUUCAGAGGCGUAUAGUUCAUGGCGGUAAACGGAUCGGAAGGUUUGGAGGAGCGUUACGAAGGAAUUUAGGUCUUUUUAAUUUUUUAAUUAAACCAUCAGUCCCAUCGAGUGUUAUCCUUUAGUCGAACGCCACUUUCUUUAAGAUGUUCACAAAAUAAUUGACUAAUAAAUUAGCUGUAUUUUUUUUAAAUCAAGUAUCCAAUUACCAUCAUUUAACGAAAUACAGAUAACAUUCAAGGGAAUUUGUAAGCAUUCGUCUGUUGUUUUUAGCUCUAAUAGUACUUAGUACAUAACUGUUUAUGUAAUAGUUUCCUAGUCUCAACAGCACUAACUUAGGCGACUUAGCUAACUAACCAAAUAAAAUAUUUUUUUUACGUCGAUGGGACCAGUUGGGUAUGUUUUAUUUUUUUUCAGAGUGGUGUAAGAUUAAUAAUAAAAGGAAACAGGACAUGGUAUGAUACGUCUCGUGUGAAAAUUGGUGACCUUUUAGCUGAGCAGUUAGUCUCCGCUAAUUUUAUCUGUAUAUCGAUGUCUGUCUGUAUGUCUCUGUUUCUGUGUAUUAUUUCAGUAAUUACAAGUCUGAUAGAGAAAUUACGUGUCCAAUACAGUCUAGAAGGAAAAUGUUCUCUGCUAUCAGAUACAAGUCUAUAGAUUAUGCAUUUGAGCUUCCCUCCAACGCAGGCUUCCGCAAGAUGCAAGAUGACUAUGAGCUUGCUGGCCCUCCCGUUGCCAGAGCGAACGAGAGAACUUCCUGAUCUUGCUUUUCGGGAGCCAUGGACCAGAGCAAAAGUAAUGUCCUCUUGUAGGCUAUCAGUUGGUGGAUCUGUGCUGGAUGAUUUGUGCACAAGUAGAGAAGUGGUAGACAUUCCAGAAAAGAUAAGUUUCUCCUCGACUCGAGGAGGGGUGGCACGUCUGACUUCUCAGACUGGUGUGAACCACCCAUCCUGGUGUGAGACUUUCAGCAUAGGUGCAAUAGAACAACAGCUGAUAAGACAACAUGAGAAUCUCUGCUUGGAGGAGGUGUUCUGUGUUGAUUUCCUACCAAAAUUCCAGAAGCUUCCAUCGUUGGACAUUCUUUUGACCAGACUGAAAACCCUAACUGUGUCAGACCCUUUGCUAACGCUCAUGGCUGUUUCAGAGCCCUGCAUUCUGAGGGACUGUGUACCGUGGGAGGACACUGUAGCAGCAGGUGCCAAUACUGGGAAAGCCAAUGUAAAGGAGCAGUUUCUCACAGAGUCUCUGGCAGACAAAGAGGGUCUCCUGCUUGAUGUGGUGCUUGAGUUCCACGUCCAAAGCCCAGCUCGCCUUUCUCUGUACAGCACCCUCAAGAACAUAACUUCUGUUGUCCCAGAAAUUGUACUGGAGAGCAGUACCAGUCUGGAGUACCUCAGAAUGGAUACAGCUGCAAGUGUCCAAAUGAGGGUAGAGUUGUAUGACAUGCCUAGUGAACUAACCAGCCGUGAUUUGGCAGUGGAAUCACCAGUUCUUUCUUCUCCUCCAGUCUGUCUCAUCCUCCUGCCCAACCUGGAACUGGAUGUUCCCCUCAGACCCCCAUGCCCACCCUGCCUCCCCCAGCCCAGGACCAGCUGCCUCCAGCUUCAGAAGGAGACACUGUCACCAGAAGAUUGUCUUGACCUUCUGCAUGAUGGUGGCAGAGCUGCAAUGGAGGGAAUAUGGAAAGCAGAGAAACACCACCAUUCCGUCCUGGACCUGCUGCUGGCAGAACCACAGAAGUGUCACCGUGCGAAGCAUUACCCACCCCUUCUGGAAGCUGCCAAACUGAUGGACAUCAAGCGGUUUAUCGAGGUGCACAGAGACCUCGAAAUUGAGCACCUCAUUCUGAACUUCCACCCGGACCUGGGUGUGGAGAAGACGCCCCCAGUAGAGCAGAUCCACACAGACUCUGCGCUUGCCCCAGUUGAAGAUUUCUCAGUGUUGUCCGUCAGACAGGUUGAUUAUAUUCUAACAGAAUCGAGUGAUGAGUCAGAAUAUAUAAAGCAGCCCAAGAAAGGUGUGGAAGACUUGGAUAAGGAUUUGGAUGACAUGACUGACAGUGCAAAAGUCAGUCUAACAGUCAGACCUAAAAGCCUGAACAUACUUAACAUACCUAGAGCUCACAGAACAGAGUCUAGCCCAGUGGGGGGUUCGGAGAGAAGGAAUACAACCCAGCUGGCCAGAGCUUGUGGAACGGGGACUCCUAAUAGAAACGCAGCCUGGACACCUCGAAAGGACCUAGACCCCCUUCACACCUUCAUGAUACUCCGGUCCCAGCAGUGGCACAAAUCUGUUAACCAAGAGCGUCCAACAGAACCAGCUCCCAGACAGAAGCUAGAGCCCAAUCAGAAGCCGGUGUGCACAAUUUCAGGCAGAGAUAGAGCUGGAGCCAAAGACAUUUGCAAUGCAACUGCAGCUAAGGACAGAGGCAGUAGUCACGUCAUUGCUGUGCAGGCAUCAGAGAGCCAGAGACAGGCGUAUCAAGAGCUCCGGGCUGUGACAAUGUCCUGCCUGUCAAACAGCAAUUCCUACGCCUUGGGGAGCCAGACUGAUUUCCAUAGCCUGUCCUCAGACCAAACCCUGUUCCUCCUUAGGCAACAGGAAAAAGAGCUCAGCACGUGCUUGAUGCAAGGAGAGCCCAGUGAGAAAGGCAUUACUAUACACAAAGAACUGAGCUUGGUACAUGUGUUGGUCACAGCCAGAGACCUGCUUCUCACCUGUGACCUCAGUGCUGCUGUCGACUACCUUGAUGAAGCACGGACAGCAGAUGUGGGAGGCUGUCUGAACUCGCUGUGGACCAGACUGCGUGUGGUGCAGUACCUGAGUUGGAGGAGCAGAGAACCGAACCCUAAAGCAGCUCAGCUGGAGCAGGAGAUGAAGGCCUGGUGGCUGAGGAACAGGAGUCAGACACCUUCUCCUAAAGUUCUUGUCAUCCUCGCCAUGGACACAGAUUGUGUAAGGGCUGAGGUUUAUGACACGCUUAGUCAUAUCACAGGUGUCCCCCCAUCAUUCCUUUAUCCAGAGGAGGGGAACAGGAAGCUGGAUGGUCAGAGAGUGAGCAAGAGUUUGCAGGAGAGUUGGUGCACGGUGGUCAGCAGCUCCCACAUUGGUCCCAGCUUUCCUUGGGACUGCCUCUCCCUUGUAGUGGAGUAUAACAGCUCAGAGUCUUCAGCCUGGGCUACUGUCUGCCGGGAGAUGGGCAUCAGUCACAUGACUUUUCAGACCAUUAUUCCAAUUGUUGACCCAACCCAGGCUGACUGUGCUGUGGAGCUGAAGAUCGCGUUCGUACUACUGGGAGCAGGCAGUCUGUGUCGCAGUAAGGAACUGCUGCAGAUCCUGCAGUCUACGUAUGGCAUGAGCCUGCUGGAGAGGAGCCUCCAGCCCUCUCCUCAGAUGCUGGGUGGACAAGAUGGUCACUCUGUGGUCACAGUGGAUGAGAGCACAGCAAUUUUCACGCAGGAGCUGGAAGCACUGAGGAUAGAUGAGAUCACUGAGAACGUGGUACAGAGACUGACAGCCCUCUCUCUGCAGUACAGUCACUGCUGGGUCCUCCUGCUCUGCCCCGAGAAGCUUAGCUCUGGGUACAACUGCACCAGUGAGGUCUUCAGAAACCUGCCACAGAUCUACUUGCAGCUUUCAUGGUUUGGGGAGAAGAUGAAAGACAUGGAUGUCAAGGGCCCUGUAAGUCCACAGGUGCUGUUUGUGACUGGAAUGGCAGACCUGGCCAGAUGCAUGCAUGACAUUGCUCGCCAUACCCUGAUGACCUGCAGCAGAGAUCCCAUCACCUGGCUAGACAGAGACUGGCUCUCGGUGCUGCCAUCUCAGGAGGAGAAAUGGCUGACACAUUUCCCUAGCAUCUCCCCACUGGUUGCCCAGCUGAUGCUGUCCCGAGCCCCAGGCUUUCACUGGCUUCUUACGGCUCCUCUCCCUGAUCUCCGGAGAUUACUUCCUGAGGUCCCUGAGAAAGUGAUCAAGCUUUUCAGCGAGGCUGCAGCGUUCUUCCCGGCGAUCAUGUGCCAGUCCCCGGAUCCUCCAUCACGGUUCUUCUUAAGUCCAGGGGACCUUGGAAGGGAAGAUGAACUCCUCUCGCCUCUCUGUCCGGCGGAUUUUGGAGCCUACGAUGCCAGUAGCUCACUUAGUGUGAAGGAUGAGGCAGUGGCACUUGAACUUGGUUUGGGUCGUGGCUCAGGAGCGGCUACAGACCUCGACGGCCGUUUCCUCACGAGCAGGGAUUCCUGCAUGGCACAGGAACCUAAGGAAUCACGCAUGAAAUACACAGCCCGGCUUCAGCAGAUAAGCUGGCCUUUCACGGACCCCCACCCCCAUGGUCUCUCUGUGGAAGAUCCUUUCCGAAUGGCCGCUGAAACAGCCCAUAAUUCACUGCUCCCAAAAUAUUCACAGGAGCUGUUUCUGCCCUGCCCUACAGGGCCCCAGUGGAGGGCCAGUACCUCCCUAGGGAACACUACCAAUGACAUCACUGUCCACUGGAAGGGGUGUUUCAACAGGGGGGUGGAAGGGAAGAGGAAUGCAGAAAGGAUGGAAAAGGAAGAUGUGACAGAAGUUAUACCGCAUGCGGCAAAGAGAAAACUGACCUACGAAAGAAUCCCCGGUCGUGGUGAUGGACAAACACGGCUCAUGUUCUCCUAGCGAACUGUGUAGCAAUGUUCCUGUUCUUACUGACCUCUCAUAUUGCACCAGCUUUUUGCUUGAUAAACGUUCAGCAAAAGACCUUUUCCCUUUGGUACGGAAAUAUCAAGCAUGUGGUUUAUGCUAAAUACAAAUUCUGUAGUCAGUGUGGAGACAAAUUACUUUGCAGAACCCAAGAAGCUACCCUGGAGUUAUUUUUCCUUGUGCCUUUGUAGUGUUCAUCAUUCCAUUGUGAGAGAAUAUCGCCAAUUGGAAAGGAAUAAACAUUUCAGAACUAAUUUAUAGACACUGCAGUGUUCAUGUUGCGGAAAAAUUCCCGCUGCAAGACCUACAGUAGUUCUUAGUGUCCUCAUGUUUCCAGCUAAUGUUUUGGUAUUCAACAUUUCAGAAUAAACUUCUGCUUAAACGCG